GAUUGGUCAUUAGGGCACAGGAAGUGCUUGUGAGAAUCUGAGAAUCUGUCUGGCAUCUGUCUGUUUCUAGAGCUUGGCAGAAGCCUUACCUGACUUUUCUGGAGAGCAGCUGAUAGACAGGACAGCCUGGUGGGCACACUGAUUCAAACACACUGCUGUUUGGAGCACCAAGCACAAGCCCACACAUCUAGACCUGUCUCAAUCUCUGAUCAUGCCUCAACGCCAGAAGAGGCAGGUUACGGUGGCCCGGAGGGACCAGGGGGCUACGAAAAAGAUGACCCUGAUCACUGUGUCUUGUGUACUGGUCACACUUGGGAUAUUGGCAGUGGGUGCUUACUUCAUCUGGUGUCUUGUCGACAGCAAGUUCUUCUUCUGCUCCCAGUCAUUGAAGUUCAUCCCUGUGGCGAUGGUGUGUGAUGGGAAAGCAGACUGUGCUGGUGGAAAGGACGAGCUCACAUGUGUGUCCAGCAAGCCGGCCAAUGCCACCUUCCCAGUGCGGUUGGUGGGUGAGAGCAUGGUGCUACAGGUGUUCAGGGUGGAGGCUGGGUGGAGCACUGUGUGUGCAGAUGACUGGGGAUUGAGCGACACCCGCAGUGCCUGUCAGCAUCUGGGAUACACACUGAACCCUAAAAGCGAGAGACUGGAUAUCACCAGCCUACACCACUCACUGGGAGAGUCCUUCAGUGCAGUAAGAGCAAGAGCUAAGGGUCCCCUUCACACUGCACUCAUCAGCAGACAAACCUGCAUCUCAGGCUCUGUGAUAGCUCUAUCCUGCUCAGACUGUGGGGAUGCGGUGGGGCAAGACCGGGUGGUGGGAGGUUCUGACACCACCAUAGAGGAGUGGCCGUGGCAGGCCAGCCUGCAGAAAGACAAGCAGCACAUCUGUGGAGGCUCCCUGGUCUCCCUCACCUGGCUUAUCACCGCUGCACACUGCUUCAGCCGUGAUGGGAAUGAUCUGAACCUCUGGCAAGUGGUGCUGGGUAGCACCCACCUGAUGUCUACUGGGGGGAUUUCUGUAGCAGCCAUCAUAAUCAAUAAAGAUUACAAUGGUUUCACCCACGACUAUGACAUCGCCAUGCUGAAGCUCACCAGGCCUGUCACUACCGGAGACACCCUCCGCCCAGUGUGCCUGCCUCCCCACAGCCUGCCUCUGAAGGCAGGGGACCCCUUGGUGGUGACUGGCUGGGGCUUCCAGCAGGAGGAAGGUAAAAUCUCCUCAAUUCUGCAGAGUGCCACUGUGUCUCUGAUUGACAGGAAGGUGUGCUCCCGCCCCUCCAUCUACGGCCCCUCACUCACUCCCAGAAUGCUGUGUGCAGGGAACAUGGAGGGCGAAGUGGACGCGUGCCAGGGUGACAGUGGGGGUCCACUGGUGUUCCUAUCCAAGUGUUGGCAGCUGGUGGGGGUGGUGAGCUGGGGGGUGGGCUGUGCCCGCCCGGGGAAUCCUGGGGUCUACUGCAGCGUAGAGCAGCAACUCAACUGGAUCUACUCCAUCAUGGAGAUGUACUCCUAAAAAUUCAGUUUCUCUCCGAGAACUCAAUUCGACUGGCGUUCUCUCUCUCAAUGAGUGCUGAGUGAGUCUGGCAAACCUUCACUCAAAGGACAAACACAUUCCACUGACCUGUGACUGAAUACUGAGCUGUGACUGUUCACGUUUUUAUUCCUUUAUACUCCCUUUGAGAGAUGUAAGUACUGUGAGAUUUUUGUAUGUAUUAAUGUUUUAAUAAAUUAGAUUUUUUUUAAAGGGUU